AUGGCUGUGUAUGGUGGCUCCAUAAUGGCUGUGAGUGAGGCCUUGGUACAUGUGAAGAACACUCUCCUGCCACUUUGGCUGUGGGUGCUUCUAUUCCUAUAUGAAUGGCCUUUGGUUGUGAACGCCCAUGAUCCCGCAGAAGUGGUGAUUCCCCUGAGGCAUGCCAGCAGCAUGCAGCCCCCAGGCUGGCUCACUUACAGCCUGCAUUUUGGGGGCCAGAGACACAUUGUCCACAUGAAAGUUAACAAGCUUUUCUUGUCCAAGAAACUCCCACUGUUCACCUACACAGACCAGGGGGCUCUCCUUGAGGACCAGCCUUUUGUCCAGAAUGACUGCUACUACCAUGGUUAUGUGGAAGGGGACCCAGAAUCCCAAGUUGCCCUUAGUACCUGUUUGGGAGGGUUUCAAGGAUUAUUACAAACAAAUGAUAUUGUUUAUGAAAUAGAGCCCAAAAGACAUUCUAAGACAUUUGAGCAUCUAUUAUAUAAGAUGAACCGAAAAGAGACACAGUUUCCACCCAUGAGAUGUGGACUCACAGAUGAAGAAAUAGCACAACAAUUGAAAUUUCGAGAGAGUGUUAAUUUCACUUUGAUGCAGAGUGAAUAUGAAGGCUGGUGGACCCACAAACGGAUUCUUGAACUGGCAGUGGUGGUGGACCACAAUCGAUAUCUUCAUGACCAAAGUAACACCUCAGUGGUGCAGUAUGUAGUAUUCCUUGUUGUCAAUGAAAUAGAUAACUUUUUGGAUUCACUGGAUGUUGAUGUGGUUUUAGUGGGAAUUGAGGUCUGGACUGAAAAAAACCCCAUUACAAUAGAUACUAUAACUGAUCUCCUGGAUGCAUUUGCCACAUGGAAGAUACUUGGCUUUAAUAAUCGCUUACCCCAUGAUGUUGCACAUGCUUUUGUAAAGAAACACUAUGGUAUUACUGUUGGCUUAGCCUAUGUUGGAACAGUAUGUCACUUUCGUAGUAAUUGUGGGGUUGAUAGUUUCAUGGAUGAUAAUUUUCAUAGUUUUGCAUAUAUUGUGUCACAUGAGAUUGGUCACAAUUUGGGUAUGCAGCAUGAUGACAAGACUUGUACAUGUGGACAUAACCGCUGCAUAAUGUAUCCUGCAAAAGGAAGUGCAACUAGGUUCAGCAACUGCAGUUAUGCAGCCUUCAUGAACACCAUUGCAAGACGAAACUGUAUGUACAUUUCAUCGAAUACAGGGAACAUCUUCAAAUUUACACAGUGUGGGAACAGUGUGGUUGAAGAAGGAGAAGAGUGUGACUGUGGCACUUUAAGUUCGUGUAUGAAAGAUCCAUGCUGUGCGUCUAACUGCACACUCAGACAUGGGGCUGCCUGUGCAUUUGGACGUUGUUGCAGAGACUGCCAGAUUGUGCCAACAGGCGAAGUUUGUAGACCAGAGGAAAAUGAAUGUGAUCUCCCAGAGUGGUGCAAUGGGACAUCCUACCACUGUCCAGAAGAUGUGUAUGUGCAGAAUGGGAACCCAUGCAAGGGCGGUGGCCACUGCUAUGAAAAGAGAUGCAAUAACCGUGAAGAACAGUGUAGGAAAAUUUUUGGCAAAGACGCCAAGAGUGCAAAUCAGAUUUGCUACAGGCAAAUGAACACACAAGGUGACCGUUUUGGUAACUGUGGUAUCAAGAACGCUGCAUAUGUAAAAUGUGACAUCUCAGAUAUCUUGUGUGGGAGGAUUCAGUGUGAAAAUGUGACAGAAAUUCCCCAUCUGAGAGAUCAUUCUACAGUGCAUUGGACUCGCUUCAAUGGCAUCACCUGCUGGGGUACAGACUACCACUUGGGGAUGACCAUACCUGACAUUGGUGAUGUGAAAGAUGGUACAGAGUGUGGUACAGAACAUAUCUGUGUAGAAAGGAAGUGUGUCAAUCUGUCAUUUCUGUUAACAAAUUGUUUACCUAAGACCUGCAAUAUGAAUGGGGUCUGCAACAACAGAGACCACUGCCAUUGCCACUAUGAGUGGGACCCUCCCUUCUGCCUGGAAGAAGGCAGUGGAGGUAGUAUUGAUAGUGGCCCACCCCCUGGGAGAAAACCACAAGGAACAGAAACAGGGGAGGAUUACCUGCUACUACUUUGCUUGAUUCCUUUUGUUCUUUCAUUAUGCCUGUUCCUUUUGUGUUGUAUGGCAUGGAAUGAAGCAGAUGAGAGUGAAGAGCAGAGUGUGCCUCCUUCACAUGAGGGAGAGGAGGAAGAUGUGGAGAGUCCAUCUUUGGAACAACAAGAUGUUCCAAUUUCAUCUUAA